GGCUCUCUGGCUGGCUCGAUCCCUUCUUUCUCUCUGCGCCUGUGUGUCCAACGGAGGUGGCAGAGGGGGAACGUUGAGCUUGUACGGCCCUACCUGACUGGUAGAGAACCAGCUUUGAAAUAUGUCCCAAUCACUCUUCCGUUCGAUUGGUUCGAAAAAGACUGUGAAAAGAAGAUGCCCUGAUCUUACCAUUCAUAUGUCCAUGUCUGUGGAGGACCCAGAGGAAGCACAAGCCAAAAGGCGAAGAAUAGAUCAGGGUGCCUGGCACCUGGGUGAGGCUGUGGACGGAGUUGCCGCUCAGGGGGAGCACCCUUCUCAGCUGCCCGGGAGCGAUGGGCAGACGUCAGUCUCUGAUGGAGCUCCGCGUGCAGAGUCUGCGGAUGAGACUCUUUCGGCCACUGCUGAUCUUCUUCCUGAAAGCCUGUCAGGGUCUGCCCCUGAACUAGAAAUGCUGCAACUAGAGAAGAGAAUUCCUCGUGAAACCAGUGUUUGCCGAAAUCAGAAGACAGCAGUGACUUCUUGCCCGGCUGUACCUUGCUUGGGGGACAUCUGCAGCGAGCUAGGUCCAGAGGAGCUGCCCGGUUGGGAGCCCGGCGUUUCCAAAGCCAUUGCUUCAGAAGCUAAAGGGAUGAGCUGGCCUUGCUCUACUGCUGAAGAGGGUGCUGAAGGACAGGAGAGAGGAGAGUACAAACCUCCACUGGAAUUUCUGAAGGAGCAGUCUUCUAGGAACCACCCCACUACCAUAGCUGCAAGCCAAGACAAUACUCAAGCCUGCUCCAGGAAACCUUUUGGGGAUGAUUCCCAUGGAGAUAAACGCAAGCCUAUAGCAGUAGUGCACACAUUCCCGAUAUGGAGGACUGGUAGCGGAGGUCCUGAAACUGAGAGCCUGCUCGCAUCUGGAGGAAAGGAUGCAAGCAGAGGUCAGAGGAUACGCAGAACCCUUGACGAACCUGGAUCGACAGUCCAAAAAACAAGCAGAGGGAGACAUGCUGAGACGGAUGUUUUGGAGGAGGGGUUAAUUUGGUCAUGCCUGGCUUCUGCCUCGGCUGGGAGGCCCCCUGCACUUGAGGUGGAAGAACAGAUACGCCCAAGCUCAGACAAGACUGUAAAAUACUUUCCUCAAAGGACAGAGGAUGUUCCAAGAGAGGAGAGAGAAAAGUACAGACUCUCAUUGGUAUUUCUGCAGCAGAAGCAUGCUAGAAACCAGUCCACUGCCACAGCUGGAAACCACUGCAAUACUCAAGCCUCCUCCAGGGAGCUGCUCAAGGCUAGUGGCCACGGGGAAGGACCCAUUUGCGGAGUAGGAGUGCCUCCGUUUGUGACACGAAGGAUUGGUAGCAGAGGUCCUGAGACCGAGACCCUGCUUGGGCCUGGAGGAAAGGGUGCGAGCAGAGAUCGGAGCCCACUCAGACCCUCCCCAGAACGUGGAAUGACAGCCGGACAGACACACCGAGGGGGUAUUCCAAGAGCGGAGAGAGAGAAAUACAUGCUCCCACUGAUAUUUCUGAAGCGAAAGCAUGCUAGAAACCAGUCUGAUGCCAUAUCUGGAAACCACUUCAAUACUCAAGCGCUCUCCAGGGAACCAUUCAGGGCUGGUAGCCAUGGGGAAGGACCCGGCGAAGGAGCAGGAGUGCCUCCACUUGCAACACUAAGGACAGGUAGCAGAGGUCCUGAAGCUGAGGUUGGGUCUGGAGGAAAGCGUGCAAGAAGAGAAUGGAGUCCAUGCAGAAGCGCUGCAGGCCCUGGCAUGACAGCUGGACAGACGAACAGAGGGGGUUUUCCAAGAGAGGAGAAAGAGAAGUACAAGCUCCCACUGAUAUUUCUGAAGCGAAAGCAUGCUAGAAACCAGUCCACUGCCAUAGCUGGAAACCACUGCAAUCCUCAAGCCUGCUCCAAGGAACUGUUAAGCACUGGUGACUGUAGAGAAGAACAUCAUCGUGGAGUAGGAUUGUUUCCAUUUGUGCCACGAAGGGCUGGUAGCAGAAGUCCUGAAACUGAGAUCCCACUCAGAUCUGGAGGAAAGGGUGCGAGUAGCACCUCUCCAGAACCUGGCAUGACAGUUGGACAGACAGCCAGAGGGAGAAGUGCUGAGAUUGAUGUCUUGGCGGAGGUGUCAGCUGGGUCAGGCCUGGCCCCUGCUGCAUCCUGCAGGCCCUCUGCACUUGAGGUAGAAGAAGAGAAAUGCUUAAUCUUGGAAAUGAAGGGCGAACACCUUCCUCAACUCUCAGAGGACAUGGAGAGAAAGAUAAUGAAGGCACUUGGCCAUGGCCAUCAGGAUGAGAUCCUGAGCAGUGCCUUUAAUUUAAAGAUCACUCGUCAGGACAUGCAGACGCUAAGGAACCGUCACUGGCUCAACGAUGAGGUGAUCAAUUUCUACAUGAAUCUUCUGGUGGAGAGAAAUAAGAAGAAGGGGUUUCCAGCACUUCAUGCUUUCAGUACUUUUUUCUACCCCCAACUAACUUCUGGAGGUUAUCAAGGGGUAAGAAGGUGGACAAAAAAUGUGGAUAUCUUCAGUAAGGACCUAAUUUUGGUGCCAAUUCACCUCCAGGUGCACUGGGGAUUAGCGGUGAUAGAUGUCAGAAGAAAGACCAUUAAAUAUUUUGACUCCCUGGGUCAAGAUGGCCACCGGAUAUGUAAAUCUUUGUGCCAAUACCUGCUGGAAGAAAGCAAGACCAAGAGGAACAUAGAGAUCUCUCCUUCAGAGUGGACCCUCUACUGCAUGAAAUCACAUGAGAUUCCACAGCAGCUGAAUGGCAGCGACUGUGGGGUGUUUACCUGUAAAUAUGCGGACUAUAUCUCCAGGGACAAGCCAAUCACUUUUACUCAGCACCAGAUGUCUUACUUCCGUAGGAAGAUGGUGUGGGAAAUACUCCACCAACAGUUGCUAUGAUUUGAGGUAUAGUUUUCUCUGGAGUAUAGAAGAUCUGCCUGAUUCCUGAAACUGGUUUUGUAAUGAUCCUAGGAAGAAGGCGUUUGUCUCUUGAUUUGUAACAAAUCCCUAAUGAAGCCCUUAUGGCUAGAGUUUAAUAUUUAUUUGUAGAAUAUAUUGAAUA